CAGCUUGGAGGUCAGAGAUGUCUGCAAUGCAGUGCCAGCAGGAAACGCAGGGAACCCAUAAGCCCUGCUGUUCAACAUGACCCCAGUGGACCAGUUGGACCAGCAGUGAGCCCGUUCCAGCUGGAAGAGCCAACAACACUCCACUCCUAUCUGCUGCACUGCACUCUGGACAUGAAUGGCAAGGUGAAUACUCCUUCCGAGAAGAUCCCUCUCUCCAUAAGUGCCAAUAUGGUGUCAGACCUGUCCCCAGAACCCCAGCCUUACACCCGGGUGUCUCAUACUCACAGAAGUGCUCCCAGAGCAACCGCUACGUUCGGGAAGCGCUCCAACUCCAUGCGCAGGAAUCCCAAGGCGGAGGUCGCCAAGCAGGGCUGGCUGUACAAGCAGGCCAGCAGUGGAGUGAAGCAGUGGAACAAGAGGUGGUUCGUCCUCACUGACCGAUGCCUCUUCUACUACAAAGAUGAGAAGGAGGACGCGGUGCUGGGAAGUUUGCCAUUGCUUAGUUUCCGGAUCGAAGGAGUGGAGCCUUCGGAUCACAUCACCCGCAAGUUUGCCUUUAAGGUGAAGUUGGAGAAGGAGGAGGGUGAGGACGGGGCGCUGAAGGGUCCGGUUGUGUUCUGCAUGCAGGCGCAGCAGGCCGGGACCAGGACUUACUACUUCAGCGCAGACAGCCAUGAGGAGCAGGAAGAGUGGAUUAGAGCCAUGAACGAGGCUGCAGAGGUCGACAUUCAGCUGACUCAGAGAAUGAAUACCAUUGUGGAUCUCAACCACACCACGGUGACCAAGGCAACGACCCGACAAACACCGCAGCCCCCUCACACACAAACACACAAUGACGCUGACAGUGAAAUGACCCCCUACCCGAAGGUCAACGGGGUCAACCACCUUGAGACGCCUCCACCAUCCACCCCCUGCUCCGAUCAAGUGGGAAAACAUAACGAUGGAAGACUAGGAGGAAGUGGAGGAGAAGGGCGAGAUGAAGGCGGAGGACCUGCUCCUGACCACGUGUCUCACCAUCCAAAUGGUUGGGGCAACUAUGGCCCUCGCAACACCACGCCCCACAUCAGCAAUAGCAAAGCCCCUCCGUCCAGGAGUCACAGUCGACAUUGUGCCCCCCGGGGACACCCAGAGGGGGGUGUUGGCCCAUCAAAGGACCCCAGGGAGCAGCAGGAUAACGUGGUGCUGAGGAGGGGCUUUGUGCCCAGGACAGCUCCAGAGAGGGUGGCCCAGAGGAAGACCUCCAUGGCCCAGUUGCAACAAUGGGUCAACCAGCGGCGGGUCAUGGCCUCCCAGGAGGACAUCAACAGCCCAUCCUGUUACUACCCUGGGAUCUCGGGUGAUUUCUAUGGCUUCCCAGGAGGCCCCACAUAUGUGGAGGAGUACCCCCUGUACCCGCCAGGGGUGCGACCUGACAGCAUCUGCUCUGUGUCUGCUGUGGGGGGGUAUGACCGACGCUGGACUUUCGAGGAGAAGCGUCACUCACUGAGAGACCGACCCCAUCAGCUGUAUGGACCUCCAAUGCCCAGGGAGCAAUGGGGGCCAACGCACUAUGGUGGAAUGGAAGCGUCCAUGAGACGUCUGUCCAUCCAGCCGCGCUCCAGGUCUGUGCCCAGGUCACCGUCGUCUUCAUCCGGGGUACCCUACUCACCGGUGCCACCCAACUUUGCCUCGCCGGCUCGAUCCCCGUCUGCCCCCUUUGACCGAUUUCAAGGGAGGAUGAGGGACGACGUGAUAUAUGCUGAUCCAUCCGUCUACGGCCUGAGAAGGUCCCUCAGCUCACCAAAGUAUGACUACCCUGGUGAUAGGAGGUCCUUAAACCAAGGAUUGUACCACUACAACUACCCUGUAUCCCCUUCCAUCCACAAUAAAAUGGAGGAUAUAUUAGACCUUCAGCUCCAGCGCAACCUGGAUUACUUAGACCAACAGGUGCCUCCUUUCCAUGACGUGUACAGCAGAGAGUUACAUCCUACCCUGAAGCUCAAUGAGAUUGAAACCAGUAAACUCCUGGGUCGACUGUGUGAACAGAACCGGACUUGGAAAGACCACGAGGCUGUCGUCCACAGACUGCGAAUGGAAAAGGACAGCCUUGAGGAAGCUCUGGUGGCAACUCAUCAGGAGAUGGAUCGCUACCAUAACCAACCUUUGGCCCUGGAAAAGCUGCGGUUCAAAAAGGAAACUCUGCAGAACCAGCUCAUCAACAUCAGAGGGGAGCUCUCCCAGGCCUCCAGUGCUUUAACCACCACACGUAUGGAGUUUGAAGCAUUAGAGGACGAGGCCAACGCCAUUCAUGGAGACCUAUGGGAGCAGCUUAAUGCAGGAGGGCAGAGUGAACUGGUUCAUAGGCACAUCCAGAAGGAAUUUUGGAGAGUCCAGGAUGUAUUAGAGGGACUGCACAAGAAUAACUCAUCCAGAGGCACAGACACAGCCAAGCACAGAGUGGCCAGCGGUGCAUCAGGCUCCUUUAGCACCAAUAGUCCAGCCAGUCCCCUGAGCUCAGUAAGCUUCACCAGCCCACUCAGCCCCUUCUCCCCAGUGCCCGGCUCCCAGGUCUCCCCCAUCAAACAGCUGGGCCCGGAGUCCCGGUUCCACCUUGCAGAACAGAACAAUAUCAAUGACAUCCAGGACAUGGUUCACUCCACCAUGAAUAAAGUUGGCAUCGUCCCUCCUAGAACGAAGUCCCCCACCGACGAAUCACACAGCUGGUCUUCUGGAGUUUCUCGCCAUAAUGGCAGACGGCCUAAUGGAAUUUCUAGGGAGCGUCCAAAGAGCGCCGUGUUUCCUGCAGAGCUGAAGUCAAAGAUGAGUGUGGAGGAGCAGAACGAGCGAAUUCGACGCAACCAGAGCAGCUCUGUGAGGGACAAGAGGCGGAGCCUGAAUCUCUCGGCUGGCCAGUCUCCAGCCAACUACAAAGUGAUUCGUAGGCGGCUGACAGCGCACGAGAUUGACAUUAAAGACUUGGAGGUCGCGGUUCGAGGCCAGGGGCAAGAGUCACCUCGGGAAGAAAUCGCUCGUCUGAGACGGUUAAAGGUUGAACCAGAACUCUACAACCUAGACAUCAGCAGAGAGCUGCUGACUCCCGACAAGGUUCUGAUCCCGGAGCGCUACCUGGAUGUGGAGGACAGCGCCCCUCUGAGCCCAGAGGAGCAGAAGGAGAAGCAGAGGAAACUGGAGCGGAUCAAGACCCUCAUUGCCAAAUCAAAUUUGCAGAACAUGGUUCCUCUCCUGGACGGCCCAGUGGAGGGAGGAUCUCCAGUCAGUUCCCAGCAGCAGUUGCAGGAGCAGGAGAAGCGUAUCGAGAUCUCCUGUGCUUUGGCUAAUGAGGCCUCUCGUCGCAGCCGCCUUCUCUCUGCCCAGUGCCCCCCCAGUCCCCCAACCUCCCCGACCAGCCUGGCCCCUCCCCCUUCCUCUGCUGACUUCCCCACCUCAGCCCACAUCAUGGAGGCGUGAGUCCUACACGCUCAAGCGCUGGCUGCUGUCAAUUUUGAUGGAGCAACUUUCUGAGGAUUCACUGACUUAACUGAACAAUGAAGAUGGCCAUGGAGAAAUUACUUAUUCUUUUCAGCACGUAAAUUGAAUUUCAACAAAAGCACUGAAAGCUGUUGAAGGAAGUUCCAAGGAUGCAGGAGCAUACAUUUAAACCCCAAAUGAAGCUAUAAAGACUCCAGUUCAUCUACUCAGUCUCCUGCGAUGUGUUCCACAUGGCACAAAGGAAGGCUCCACAUCUCUUACCAGCUUCAAGAUGGGAAUAUUUACAUAUCAUUUUGCUCAUGACAUCAUCUACAAAGUAGAGAUUGCUCAACUAUGUUGAUGAUGAUGAGCUAUUUUAGCCAUUGAGAGGCCACACUGAAGAGGAACAAGAAAAAGAACAAGACAGAGUCUCAGAGGUUGACGAAACAAAAGACUCACUUCAGUAAAACCUACAGAGAGACGUUGUUCAUUCUCAUCUCAUCCCCAGAUAAACAUUUAGAGACCUCCGAGGCUUGUGGCCCACACUUCGACAACUGAGGAAAAUAAGAUUGAAGCCUCUCAUGCUCUCUAAAAAGCUGAGGACUCUCCUUCUGAGCUCACUGUGAUGCCUGUUUCACCAACCACCUCCACCCCUUAAACUACCCCAUCCUAUCAACCUCGUCUGGUAUCAAUAUCAAUCUUUUGGAACUAUUAGCAUUACAUAAAAAAGUAAUGUCUUGAAUUACAUUUUGCAUCGAUGCCUCAUCCAUCUUUCACACCAAACACACCGUAGCGCAGAGUUGUGAGGCCAAAUCGAAGAUGAAGAGCAUUACAUCAACCAUGACCUAUUUUACAAAGCUGAAUAUGGCGACACCUCGUCCUAUUUCCGAUUCAGAGUAUGACAUUCGUAAAAACACAAUGCUCAUUUUCCAUCCUGGUAUCCUCACCCUCUCUAAUACCAGUUGCAUUAUGAUCAUUUGAUCUGCAUGGUGGAGUAUUGUUAGAAAGUAAGACUGUGGAUGUACUCGCUGUCUGUAUGGCUCUGUUCAGUUUGAAGCUGUGAGACAGGAAGUGACAAGCUUUCCUACAAUGUUGUGGGUCAAGCAUUGUAAUAAAGAGCAGACUACAGGCAGCGGAUUAUGGACUGAGGUAUACUAAAUGAAUUUCAACUUUUACAAUAGCUGAUAGAAAAAGCAGCCAGUGACACAAUCCUCUGCCCUGUGUAACGAAGCACCUAUCUGAGGUAACAACAGACUAAAGAAAGAGACUAAAGAAAGGACUAAAGAAAGAGACUAAAGAAAGAGACUAAAGAAAGGACUGAAGAAAGAGACUGAAUAAAAGGACUAAAGAAAGGACUAAAGAAAGGACUAAAGAAAGAGACUAAAGAAAGAGACUAAAGAAAGAGACUAAAGAAAGAGACUAAAGAAAGGACUAAAGAAAGGACUGAAGAAAGAGACUGAAUAAAAGGACUAAAGAAAGGACUAAAGAAAGGACUAAAGAAAGAGACUAAAGAAAGAGACUAAAGAAAGAGACUAAAGAAAGGACUGAAGAAAGAGACUGAAUAAAAGGACUAAAGAAAGGACUAAAGAAAGAGACUAAAGAAAGGACUGAAGAAAGAGACUGAAUAAAAGGACUAAAGAAAGGACUAAAGAAAGGACUAAAGAAAGAGACUAAAGAAAGAGACUAAAGAAAGAGACUAAAGAAAGAGACUAAAGAAAGGACUAAAGAAAGGGACUAAAGACAGGAAUAAAGAAAUGACUAAAGAAAGAGACUGAAGAAAAGGACUAAAGAAAGGACUAAAGAAAGAGACUAAAGAAAGGGACUAAAGAAAGGACUAAAGAAAGGGACUAAAGACAGGACU